AUGCAACGUGACACGCCGGUGGGAAGUCGAGAAUAUUCCAGAAGACUGGCCUCCAUCUCAUGGGGCUGCCACAGUGGGGGUGGCACAGUGGGGUGCCACAGUGGAGGUGCCACAGUGGGGGUGCCACAGUGGGGGUGCCACAGUAGGGGUGCCACAGUGGGGCUGCCAGAGUGGGGGUGCCACAGUGGGGGUGCCACAGUGGGGGAGCCACAGUGGGGGUGCCACAGUAGGGGUGCCACAGUGGGGCUGCCACAGUGGGGGUGCCACAGUGGGGGUGCCACAGUAGGGGUGCCACAGUGGGGCUGCCACAGUGGGGGUGCCACAGUGGGGGUGCCACAGUGGGGGUGCCACAGUGGGGGUGCCACAGUGGGGGUGGCCACAGUGGGGGUGCCACAGUGGGGGUGCCACAGUGGGGUGGGGGUGCCACAGUGGGGGUGCCACAGUGGGGGGGCCACAGUGGGGGUGCCACAGUGGGGGUGCCACAGUGGGGGUGCCACAGUGGGGGUGCCACAGUGGGGGUGCCACAGUGGGGGUGCCACAGUGGGGGAGCCACAGUGGGGGGCCACAGUGGGGGUGCCACAGUGGGGUGCCACAGUGGGGGUGCCACAGUGGGGUGCCACAGUGGGGGGGCCACAGUGGGGGGCCACAGUGGGGGGCACAGUGGGGGCCACAGUGGGGGUGCCACAGUGGGGGUGCCACAGUAGGGGUGCCACAGUGGGGGUGGGGGGCCACAGUGGGGGGCCACAGUGGGGCUGCCACAGUGGGGGAGCCACAGUGGGGGUGCCACAGUGGGGGGGCCACAGUGGGGGGGCCACAGUGGGGGUGCCACAGUGGGGGUGCCACAGUGGGGGAGCCACAGUGGGGGUGCCACAGUGGGGGGGGGCCACAGUGGGGGUGCCACAGUGGGGGGGCCACAGUGGGGGUGCCACAGUGGGGGUGCCACAGUGGGGGUGCCACAGUGGGGCCCACAGUGGGGGGGCCACAGUGGGGGUGGCCACAGUGGGGGUGCCACAGUGGGGGUGCCACAGUGGGGGUGCCACAGUGGGGGGGCCACAGUGGGGGGGCCACAGUGGGGGAGCCACAGUGGGGGUGCCCCAGUGGGGCUGCACUUGUACACUAGUUAAAUGA